AUGGGCUCAGCGGUUUCAAAACCCAAUUUGACAGAUUUCGAACAGGCCAUCCAUAGUAAAGAAGAAAAACGAAGAUAUAGAAUCAAUGCUCUCAAUCAAGUAGUUAGUGCCGUCGGUUCAAAAUUAGAGAGAGAUGACCGACUCAAAGGUGAAGGUGACAGGAAAUAUUUCCUAGAUCUUGAGAAUUUCAGCGAUAAUGAAAUAGCACAAGCGAAGAACUUAAUCGCAAAAAUUGAUGAAACAAUCGAUGGUGGAUUUUUAGCCCCUACUGAUCAUUAUUAUCAUAAGAAUUUAGAUUUCGACACGUUUACGCUUCGAACGUUGAUCAAAGAACGAAAAUUACAACCUUUUUACAAACCUAUAUCGUCAACAGAGAUGGAGAAAUAUAGAAAUAACGGGAUAGGAUUGAUAAACCAUAUCAAGAACUUGCCACCCAACAACAUUCCAAUUGAAUCAAAGAAACUCAAAGCGGACAAUAACUGUUAUUCACCAAUACAAGAACAAAUCGACAAAUGGGAAAGUAUCGAAAACGAUCUAUAUUUCAAAGCAUUGAAUUCUGCUGAAAGUGAAUAUUCAGAUUAUUUACCAAACGACCGACUACUAACAUUACUACAUACGGAUUCAAUUCUUUGCAGUAACUGUGACAGAUAUUUCGCCUCUAAUAUAAACCGUUCUUGGUGUUGUAAGAAACCAAUUUGUAGUGGUUGUUUACUCAACAUUCAAAAAUUAAAACCAACAGACGCGUGCAUCAGUUGUCCAUUUUGUCGAAAAUGCAAUUUGACUGUAUACUAUGAACCAUUCAAUAACAUACGAACAAGUAGUUUCUCAUCACCAAAAUCAAAAGAGUCAAAUAGUCUACCUUCAAAAUUCAAAAUCUUGAUAAAUAAUUUAAAAUAUGGUUAUAAAAUAGAAACUGUGGAAGUUAGUAUAUUUCGACCAUCAAUUGCAAACAACAAAAUUCUACAAUGA